UGGAAGAUCGACGACAAACCGGUGAAAAUUGACAAGUGGGACGGUUCAGCUGUGAAAAAUUCUUUGGAUGAUUCUGCCAAAAAGGUUCUCCUGGAGAAGUACAAAUACGUCGAAAAUUUCCGGUUGAUCGACGGCCGCCUCAUCAUCUGCACAAUCUCUUGUCUCUUUGCCAUUGUAGCUUUGAUUUGGGAUUACCUGCACCCUUUUCCUGAAUCCAAACCUGUUCUUGCCUUUUGUGUUGUCUCAUAUCCUUUACAAGCAUAUUUAUAUCAAAACAG